AAAUACGGUUUCAGAUAUUUCUUAUUAGCCGAGUGGAUAACAGGUACCUGUGCAUCGUAUCAAUUUAGAGAAAUUAUAGGAUACUAUUAGUAUAACAGAAUGUCAUCCCAAAAGGCAGCUGGUUGGACUUUAGUGUCAAUUCUAAUUUGCAAUUUUGUCUUGAUACAUGCUUAUCCACAAAAUCAUCCAUCCCACACACAAAUCCAGUCCCAUCAACAGCAACCGUCCUAUUACACUAACCCUCAACUGAACAGGAAAUUCGCAGAAAAACCAAAUGCCAUCAAGAAAGUAGCCCUGGACGACAUUGACGAUAUCCAAACCAACCAAAUCCAGGAUGGCGGAUUCUCGUGGUCCAAUAUGCUGGGAAUGCUAAUGCAAAUGGUGUUCAACAAUAACAACAAUGCCCCUACCAAAUCCGAUGAUAUUGAUAAUGGUGGUAGCUUUGCCCAAUCGCCUUGGGCGAAUGUGAUUUCAGUUGGACUUAAGAUUAUCACUGCAUUGCUUGGCGGAGGUGCCAACGACGGUAUCGAUAAGGUGGACAACGGUGGAUCACCAAUGCAGUUCAUCAACAUCGUGGUCAAUUUGCUGGAUGCCCUGAAGACAUCGUUCUCGCACCGCUCCAUGUCAGCAAGAAGUUUGGGCAAGAAAGAUUCGUUCAGCGAUGCAGCAGUUGCUGGAAUCACCGUUAUGAAGACGUACGCUAGGGCUUACCAUAACUCGGAGGACAAAUGCCUGCUAAAGUACAUUUGCGAAGCGAACAAUGACUGCAUGAACUCGAUCGGAGGAUCCAGCAUUUUCUGCCAAGUUGGAAACUAUGCCACCAGCUAUAUUCUUGAACGGCAGACUUCUAAAUCGUUCGAAACUUUGUAUGAAGCAGGACGAAAUGGCCGAUUAGGUUUGGAUUGUCGACAACUUUAUCUGGAGUGCAAUGAAGUCUAGAUGCUCACCUUACAUAGCUAAACUUUGAAACAACAUCUCAAAAACUGGCAUAUCAACCGUCUUUACAAAACAUGUGCCUUAAGCAUUGAACUGGAACCAUCAAAAAGUUAAAACGAACGCAUUUUACCAUCGUCGAACUACGUUACCUUUUUCGAAAAAUGGCGUUUUCGAAGAAGUAAAACUGCUUAUGCGUCUGUUACGGCAUGUAUGUGUCAAACAUUAAGCAAGGAGUCCUAUGCAGUUCGUAUUAGGACCAUGUGAUUCCAUCCAAUAUCAGUUUUGAGUUUCAGAUAGCAUUUAUUACAUUCCCUGUCUACGAUGCACCAAAGCAAUUCUUUCUAUACUUUUGCCUUAACUCAAAUUCACAAGCCUUCGAAAAGGUAUUUAUAGAUGAUUACUGAAAUGUGAAAUGAUAAAAUAAUUCCGUUACAAAAUGUAGCUUCCAUUGAUCAAAAUUUUCUACAUAUCAUACAAACAUUAAGAUUGAACAAAAGUUUUACAUACAUUUAUGUUCGUAACGUUUUUCCCGAUAGUGCGUUCGAGUUUGUAUAUGUAUGUUUAUUUAUUUAUUUAUGUUAUUUAUUAAUUUAUCUUUACACUUCUUUAAUUAAUAUUCAAUGGAUGAGCACAUUACCUUGUGUUCAUUUUGUCCAUUAAAUGUCAAUUAUUUUUCUACUCUUAAUAAAUUAUAAAAAAAUA